AUGUCGCCUCCUUACGACAAUCACGGCUCCUCCCGCAGGCGAGGCGUCUGGAGCCAUUGGGUGCCUCUUGCCAUCACCCUGACCGUUGCCACGGCCGGCCUCGCCGCUUGGGUCUGGAGUCAGCGCAAGGAGACUGUUGAAGACCACGCCGAGGCAGAGCCCGACUUGGACUACGAGAAUGCCGACUAUGGCGAGAAUCCAGCGUACGGCGCCGAGAACAGCAGACUGGCGCCGCCGCCGCAGCAGGCCCAGCGCGACGGCUAUGCGACCGGCGCCGAGAUGGCCGAGGGCAACCCGGCGGGAUGGGGGACGCGAGUGACGAGCGCUUUUACGUCCCAGCCGCAACAGUUCUUCGACUCGACUGGAAAGACGGUUGCGGCCGGAGUCGCUGCCGCCGGCGCAGCUGUCGGCAAGGCGCUGGCCUCGAUCCGCGAAGAGGAUCGGCCCGAGCACGAAACGGGCGCCUGGCCUGAAGAACGAGAGCUCAAGAGAGAAAAGGGACCCGCGCCUAGCCUGAGGAAGCGCAAGACGGUCGCCAUUGUCAUCUCUGCCGAUUCUCAGUUUACCGACGACGACGAUGACAUUGCUCAUGAGCAUGCCUCGAUCCUGAGCCACAUCCCCAAGCACAAUGACCUGUCUGCCAUCAAGCUGUUUGUCCUCAUCUAUGCACCAGGCCUAAAGGACAGCACGGUUGAUGCUGCUACGAGUAAUCGCCCGCCUCCUUCGGUUAGCUCGUCAUUCUCUAACGUUGGAUAUGAUCAAGCCCAAACUCCCGAGGCCAAGAGCCCAGUCCUUGGUGCUACGGCAGAAAACACCUUGUUCAAUGCCGUGUACUCGCAUGCCUUGGCUCUGGUGGACAAGGAGACCAUGAUCCUUCCCUUCACCACCGCCAACGGCCACACGCACAUCCUGCGCCACCUGCAGCCCGACAUCGUCUACCUCCAGGAGUCGCUUGCCGGCGACAGCGGUAGCUACAUCACUAACAUCCAGACCUGGCUCCGACACGACAUUGUCCUGGUUGUGGGCGCUGAAGACGGAUCUGGCGGCCUGGCUGACAGCGAAUCCGAGGCCGAGAGAGCCGACAAGGUCGAGAAGUGGUGGCAAAAGCCCGAGCGCGUCGGUCGCGGACGAGGCAUCAUUGUUGUCGACAGCGUGCGCGUUAAUGAUGAUUGGGCGCGAAGAGUUCAGAACCGGGAAUGA